CAGCCGGCCAGCCUGACGUCACUACAGCCAGUGUUGACUGACACACACUUUAAUCGUGACACGCACAUGCGCAUCAUACUCGGGCGUGACAGCAAGCCACAACAUGACAGGAAUGACAGGACAAUGGGUCGGCUCGCAUACUCCAGUAUAGUGGGCAGUCUGGGCAGAGCGAGACGGAAGAUAUUCAAGCGCACCAAAAGCAAGAGGAACGGCAUCGUAACUAACCCAGCCAUGAGACUCGUCGCCAACGUGCGAAAUGGAUUAGACAGCGCAGCCGCGAACAUUCGCCGAACGGGCGUCGCUUUAGCCGCGAGCGCGAGCUCGGCGAACCCAGCCGUGAAGACCAACGCUUUCCAGUGGCGGAAAGAGACGCCGCUAUGAGCUGACCGCGGGUGCGAGCGAGACAGCUGUAACUAAAGUUAUUGGGGUGACGAAAGCAGCUGAUACUGUAGCUUAAGUGUGAAAGAUAUGGCUAUAAGAUCAAAUCGAUUCUGAUUAAUUUAAUCGAAUAUUAAACUAAGAAUCAGUUCAAAUGUGAAAUUUAAAAGUUUACUGUCUAUUUAUUUAUUUAAUUUCAUUGGUGACUUCAAAUAUAAAAUCAUAAUACAUUUAUGUUCAAUAACAAUCACUAUAAACUAAAAAAAACAUAAAAUCCCUUCAUAGUAGUCUAAAGAAAUAUAACGUUAUGACGUCAUUGUACAACAUUUAUUGCUAGCGUAAAAAUAGGAAAACAAUAUUUAAAUAUGGCAAUGUUUAGGUGCGAAGGGGAUAGCAAUACGAUUGAGUGUUCUAGUAGGUAAGUAAGAUUUACCAUAUUGUGUAAUGUAGACGGUAUGUGUGUGCGAAAGAGACAAGAAUCUUAGAAGACACUAUCAAAACGUCGCUCAAUGCAGGUUUCCUCAACUGUGCUUACCAGUUUGCUCCAGUGGUGAGUAAGGUCUUACGGGACUAUUCCCACCUCUCGUUCUCACCGCUGCAACUCCUGUGUAGCCAGGAUCUACAGCUUGACCGCCAACAACCCAACCAGUGAAGGUCAAGUUUGUCCCGGGGGAAAGUUAAACUGUCAUUGGACCCGCAACGAAAUUAAUCAGAAGAACAUAGGAGGCGUUCUAAAUUAAGGUCUUGUCAUUUGCUUGUGAUUAAGACAGUGGCGCCAACUGUGGCCUAAUUCACGUAUUUUGACAGUCAAGAUCUCGCUGACGUUCAAAAGUCGCCCCAUUGAAAAAAGUUCUGAAUCCGUAUUCACAAGGGUCAUUUUGAUAGAACAAUCACUCGAUAGGAUCACAACUCAGCGAUUUGUCAUUGACGUUUUGUUACGUCGUCCCAUUGAAAAGCAAUUCUAAAUCCGUAUUCACAAGGGUCAUUUGAUAGAACGAUCACUCGAUAAGAUCGCAACUUAGUGUUUUGUUGUCUUUGAAGUGUUUAUUACGUGAAAAAGGCUACAGUAACAGGACCUUACGCCCGUAUUCCCAAACGAUGCUUGCUUAAGUGAAGCAGGAAUCGAACGCACAGCGUUGUAUAGAGCUCUGUGAUUGGUUCGUGUGUCAGCCUGUGCGUCCACGCGCAUUGUGUGACCUCAUAGUAAUGUUUGCGAAUACGGUCGUUACUCUCCAGUGGUGCCACCUGUAGAGCGCAAUUAAGGAAUUUCAAGCAAUCACAAGCUUCAAAGUUGAAACUUAACUUGGGUUUGAGUCAAGUUUUGAGCGUCGUUUUCAAGUAAAAGCUUGUAA